AUGCUGUCGGGGGUUCAGCCCUGCUUCCAGCUCCUGCGGAUCGGGUCGGCGGCAGGCGACUCGGCACGGGAUCUGUACACGUUCCGGCCGGCGCGAGACCGCUCCGUGUUCCGCCUGGGCCGGGCGUCGGAGCUCUGUGAUGUCACGCUGGACUCCGCCUCCGUGUCGAGGAUCCACGCCGAGCUGCAUGUCCAGAGGGAGGCGAGCACGGCGGAGGGCAGCUCCCCGCAGGAGGAGGUCUGGAGGGUCCACAUCAAAGACAGGAGCACUCAUGGCACCUGGGUCAACGAGGUCCGCCUGCAGGCCGGUGUCCAGUGGGAGCUCUCGGAUGGCGAUACACUGACCUUCGGUGGCCAAUCAGUCCCCGCGAGCCCGGAGUUCUACUUCCUGUUCCAGAAGGUCAAAGUUCGGCCACUGGACUUUGAUGCAAUCACAAUUCCAAAGGCCGGCACGUUCUCCUCUGACCUACAGAACCGCAUCAGGACCAGUCUGGACCAAAAGGCGACGCCCAACAGGGAGUUGUCCAAGCUGUCAAUCAACCGGGCCACUGUCAUCCUCAACUCCAUCGGCAGCCUCAGCAAGAUGAAGGGCAGCGCCUGGACUUUCAAGAGGAGCAACAGCCAUGGUGGGAACACAUCGGAUCCCAACUCCUCCUCCUCUCCGCCACCCUCCGCUGUGGGCUUCUCCUCCCUGCUGCCCCCCUCCACGCCACCACCGUUCCCCGCCACGGGUUCGAUGCCCUCGACGAUGUCUCUGCAGCCAUCAUCUCGAAACAGGAGGAAGUCUGCGCACACAGUGCUUCUCGAGGACGACAGCUCGGACGAGCCCCGGGGUCGAGAAGCCCUUGUAGGAGGGCCGGAGGACGGACAGAGAGCUCGGGGCAAGAAGAGGAGGAGACUCUACAAGUCGGAGGGUAUCAGCCCCGCUCCUGCUCUGCAGCUGCAGCCCAGGUGCCACAGCGACGUCAGGCGGCCGUUUGAGGCCAAGUCCUUCCCCGUCGGCACAAGAACCAUCGGCAGUUAUCACGGCGCCGUGACCAACAGCAAACUCAACCAACAACACCACCACCACCACCACCACCAACUACACCAGAACCACUUUCAGGCAUCCCUCACCAACCCCAACAAACAAGAGACGGAGACACACCACGUCCGGACGGUAACCCACGGCAACAUCUCAGCCGCGCGCCAAAAGAAAAUUGCUUUCUCUCCCACGUCGGCUCCAAGAGGGAGACGGAGGGCACACAGCUCCCCUGUGUACCCUCCUCUGGUGGUAGGAGGAGAGAACUACAACCUGGCCUCGCCCUCCAUGAGGAUCUGUGCAGAGGAAAGAAGCAGGCUGCAGUUCAACAGGUUUUGCCUUCCUGCCGGGAAGCGACGAGGACGUCCUAGGAAACACCCACUGCCUCCCCGCCCCUCCUUGCCCUCCCCUUCCUCUUCUUCCUCUUCCUCUUCCUCCACCUCCUCAGCCUCAUCUUCUUCCAGCUCGUCAUCCUCCUCCUCCUCUGACGAUGACGACGAUGAUGACGAGGAGGAGGAAGAGGAGGGGAUGGCCGGGUCUGUAGAACCGUGUGCGGCCCCUCAGUGCCGUCUCCCCCAGCAGGACCCGGUCCAGUGGAUCCAGUGUGACGUGUGUGAUGCCUGGUACCACAUAGACUGUCUGCACGUGGACCGGAAGAAGGUCCUCAUGGACCCUAACGCGGACUUUCACUGCGGCUGUUGUUGA